CUUGACCAGCGAGGUAUGUGACACCCGUUCUAUAAAGGCUGCGACGACAGCCCGGAACAGCCAAGAAACCACGACCGUCAGUGCUAUCUAAUUCUUGCCUCGUUGUGAACGAUUCAACGUUGUUUGGGACGAACCUCAACUUUGCUUGCUCUUAAGCCUGUCUCCAGCAUGGCAGACUCCGCCGUCCCCAGCCAUCCGCAAGCUGCCGCUGCCGCUGCCGCCUCGUCCUCGGCGUCGUCCUCCUCCACCAUCGAUUUGGAGAAGCAUGGACCCUCGGAACUCGCGCGUCCGGAUGAAACGUCGUCCGAAGACAUUCCGGCCCCCAAGCCCAGUGGCCCCAAUCCGGCCGACUUUCCGGAUGGGGGGUUGCGGGCCUGGACGGUGGUGCUAGGCUCGUGGUGCUGCAUGUUUGCCUCCAUGGGCUGGAUCAAUUGCAUUGGUGUGUUCCAAGACUACUACGAACAGAAUCAGCUCAAGUCCUACUCUCCGUCGACCGUGGCGUGGAUCAGCUCGACCGAGACGUUCAUGAUGUUCCUGGGAGCGCCGGUGUUUGGCAAGCUCUUUGACAACUAUGGCCCGCGACACAUGCUGUUGGCCGGCACCAUCUGCCACGUGCUGGGACUGAUGAUGACGAGUCUGGCGUCCCAGUACUACCAAUUCUUCCUGGCCCAGGCCAUCCUGAGUGCCCUGGGUGCGAGUGCGCUCUUCUACGGGUGUUUGAACCCGAUCGGCACCUGGUUCUUCAAGAAACGUGCCUUUGCGUUUGGGAUCAUUGCCGCCGGAUCCUCCCUGGCCGGUGUCAUCCUCCCCAUCAUGAUCGCGCGUCUCAUUCCGCGGGUGGGCUUUGGCUGGUCCAUGCGCGCCGUGGCCUUCCUCUUCCUGGGGCUGUUGGUCAUUAGCAAUCUGACGAUUCGGUCUCGAUUGCCCCCGAAGCCGACGCCGGUGGCGCUGAGCCAGUUCCUGCUUCCGUUCAAGGAACUUCCGUUUCUGUGUGUGGCACUGGGCAGCUUCUUCUUCUUCUGGGGCGUGUUUUUGCCGACCAACUUUAUCAUCCUGGAGGCGCAGCAUUACGGCAUGUCGCAUGGGUUGUCGGAGUAUCUCCUGUCCGUUUUGAAUGCUGGCAGCGUAUUCGGUCGGAUUCUCCCCGGCUGGCUGGGCGACCGCUUCGGCCGAUUCAACGUGAUGAUCGUGACCACGUAUCUGACCAGCAUUCUCGUGCUGGCGCUGUGGAUCCCCGGCAAAUCCAAUGCACCCAAUCUGGUGUUUGCGGCGUUCUUCGGCUUCACCAGUGGAACCUUUGUGAGUAUGGUGCCGGCCAUCGUGGCCCAGGUGACCAAGGAUAUCCGCAGCAUCGGGGUCCGCAAUGGGUCGAACUUUUUCAUUAUUAGUUUGGCGGCCUUGACCGGAAACCCCAUUGCGGGUGUGCUGGUGACCCGGGAUGGUGGGGGCUACCUGUAUCUGCAGAUCUUCUGUGGGAUUACCAUGUUGGUGGGGAGUACGUUCUUCCUGCUGGCGCGGGUGGUGCAGGUGGGAUGGGUGUGGAAGCGGAUCUAGCACCCUUGAUACCAGGCAUCAGGGGUGAGACUGAUGCUGUGUGAUUGGCAGAGGGAGAGGCAGUGGAGUGGAAGGGUAGAGUAGGGUAGUAGAUAGACCGGAGCAGUACGGAGUAAUAGUAGAUAGGUUGCCUGGUUAUCUGUCGGGUCUCAGACAGAUACAGAUAGCCAGGGCAGAGGUGGAGAUACAAGAUUGUGCAGUGUGCGUUCUAUUCCCUGGUUGGAGACUGGUAAUGGCGUUGUUUAUGAGUAUGUAUUCACGGCUUAUGAUGAUGAUGGAUAGCAAUUAGAUGGCUUGCAGCCCAGAGUGGCCUAAUAU